AUGGCCAAAAAAAAAUCCCCAAAAAACAGAGUUCCAAAACCAGAUUUACCGCUUCCAAAUAAUCCUCUCGUCUCGUUUGAAGGUUUUCGUGUUGAGAUUCACAACGAAUUGCUUACGUACAUUUUAGAUAGUUCUUGCUACUCGAAAGACGACGAUUUGGGAUUGCAUAGAUUGUACCCAAAUGAACAACAAAAUUGGUCAUUUAAAGGGAAUUGGAUUGCCACGACCGAUUUUCAUUGUAAGUUGGAAUGGGAAAUAGCGUAUUUAGAAUUUGAUAGUUUUAAAAGUGAUCCUGAUUUUGUAACCAAUUAUUGUGGAAACCGAACUUGUAUUUGGAGUGCAAGACAAGAUGGAGUUUAUUUGAAUAAUGCUGUUGGCCAACAAGUUUUUUAUGAUUACUGGGAAAUGCUUAAGUAG